AUGGCUCUCCAAGCUCUCACUCAAAAGCGAGGAGGCAAUCGUGGUGCCGUCAAAAAGCUUCUAACAAAGCUUCAAGCCGCAGAAAUUGACAACGCCGACAACUUUAACAGCAGUGCGUCUGACAAUCGUGAUCGUGCCGAAUUUGAGCUUCUCAAAUUAUGCAAGGAGCAAAUGGACGAAGACGCGGCUGCCGCUGCCGCCACUGAGGCCACCGUUGCUGCUGAAGCUGCUGCUACGAUUGCUCCAGCGAAUCUCAAUCCUCCUCCAGCUCCAAACCCACCAACAACUACAUUCCAGGCGAGCUCCUCCAACCUUCCUAAGUUCGAUUUGCCAGAAUUUGACGGCAGUGUUCUUCAUUGGCGUGCCUUCUGGGACGUAUUUGAAUUUGAGGUUGAUAACAAAGCUACCUAUACUGGAGCCACGAAAUUCAACUUCUUAAACUCUCGACUAAAGGGCCCAGCCAAAGCCGCGCUGUCAGGCCUCACUCCAAACAACGCAAAUUAUCCUAAAGCUGUUGAUAUCUUAAAAGAUCGCUUCGGUCAAGAUAAGAAGAUCAUAGCUGCCCACAUGCGCGCGCUUUACAACAUGACGAAACCUGGAACUGAUCGUGCAAGUCUACGCAUCUUUGCUGACCAGUUGGAAUCGCACAUCAGAGGUUUGGAUGCUCUCGGAAAAACAGCAGAUUCCUUUGGUGACCUUCUUGUCUGCAUCCUCUUGGACAAGUUCUCGCAGGAUCUACGUCGUAAUUUGGCUCGACAGCAUGGGACGACAGAAUGGACUCUAGAAGAUUUGCAGGUGGCGAUAAAACAAGAGCUUGAGAUUUUGGACGAUAGUCCAUCCGAACAGCAUUCCAACAAGAAUUCGACAGGUGAACACUAUGCAACUCAAUGUACUAGUGUCGGGAAAGCAGCAGAGCGACUUAAAGUAGCGAAGGUGAAAAAACUGUGCUUGAACUGCUUAGACGGAUGCCACACCAGUUUGAAGGAUUGUCCAUCCAAGUAUCGUUGCAAAUACUGCUCCAAGGCUCAUCAUUCUAGUUUGCACCCAGACAACUCCGAGAAUGCUUCCGAGAUCCCAUCCGUGGCCUCCAUGUCAGUUUCUAUUUCACCGUCCACAACCUUGGCAGCCGCCCUUCAUGAUUCGGACACGUCGGGAUCGUUUUUACAGCCGUACGUCUUUCUCAAAACGGCGGUGGUUGAGGCACUCUUCAAGGGCUUUAAAGAACGUGCUAACAUACUCAUCGAUGAGGGAUCGCAACGCUCCUUCAUUACAUCACGUUUGGCUAAACUAUUGCGCUUAAAGCCAUUGUGGCGUGAAAGUUUGCUGUUGUCCGGUUUCGCCAAGAACCAAACAGGCGUCCAGUACUAUGACGUCACUCAGUUUUUCAUCGUUGGUCUCAACGGCUCCCUAAUCAAGAUCAAAGCUAUCAUUAUUGAACAUCUUGUGAGCCCUCUGGACGAUCCGCAUCGCAAACUGGCAGCUUCUCUUCCUCAUCUCCGUGGACUUCAAUUGGCCCAUCCACCUUCCGAAGCAACAUCUUUCAACAUUGACAUCCUCAUUGGCGCCAAUUUCUAUUGGACACUUGUUAGCGACAAGGUUAUUCGAGGUGCAGGCCCCACAGCCACCGAGUCCAGAAUCGGAUAUCUUCUCUCCGGACCAUUGUCUGCGUCCUCAGUGAACAACAAAGCUUCCGAUUCUGUGUUAGCGCUUCAUGUUUCGGCCAUGGAAAAUUUCGAUCUGUCUAAGUUUUGGUCGGUAGAGGGGCUUGGAAUUCAACCAGAGUUGGAAAGGGACACAACUACUAACAUCUACCAAAGUCAGUGCAUCGAAUUCCGGGGUAGCCAAUAUGCUGCAAAGCUUCCUUGGAAAUCUGAUCAUCCCGACCUCUCUCCAAACCGUCAAGUUUGCCAACGUCGAACCCGAGGAACCAUCAAACGAGCAGCUAAGAAUCCAAAGCUGCUGGCCGUCUACCAAGAGAUCAGCAGUGACCAGUUGGACCGAGGUUUCAUCGAGAGGGUCCCGCCGGGAGAAAUUAACAGUCCGAGAUGUCACUAUAUCCCUCACUUCGCAGUCGAAAAGGAAUCAGCUACCACGCCACUUAGAAUAGUAUAUGACUGUUCCUGUAAAACAGCGACUGGCGUCAGUCUCAAUGAUUGCCUCGAGACCGGCCCACCCCUUCAAAACGACAUGAUGGAAAUUUUAUUACGCUUUCGUGUUCAUCGAAUCGGCCUAUCUGCAGAUAUCGAGAAGGCUUUCCAUAAAAUUAUCCUGCAUGAGUCGGACCACGACUUCAUCCGUUUCCUGUGGACCAGUAACAUCAACAAUCCCGAUGCAGAGCUAGAUGUCUACGCUUCAAAGUGA